AUGGACGACGAGGUGACAAGGACACCGGCACAAUCACAUGUCCCGUCUACUUCCGCCGUAGCUGAAGCCACUAAUACAGUGAACAAGAAAGAGCAAAAGCUAGAGUCAGUCACCGAAGCGUCAUCUGGUCCGUCGUCUAUCAGCGGUGCGACCAAAUCGGAGACGGCACCAUCAUCAACAUUGUCAACGACAACGACGCUUACACAGACAGAUGACUCUCACGUUAUCAAGACGGAGAGAUCAAGCGGUACCUCGUUGAAGGAAGAAUGCACAGAUUCGUCCAAAGAUCUUUCGGCUCAGAAGUCUUCAGGAGGAGCGCAUACUGGCCCGGCAUCAAUCUUGACUACAGAUACAGCUACAUCUUCAAUAUCACAAACCAAGGAAACAACUGGAUCGGCCACAAUUUCGGGGGGCACUACUGUAACUGAAAACACCUCAACACAAACAAAGUCCGCGGAUCCGGAUACAGUGUCUGACCAGUCCACCUCGACUUUGCAUACGGCGUUGACGAAGACGACGGCCGAGGUUGUCACUACGUCGUAUACUGAUUCGACCGACCAAACAGGUAAACAAACCACAACUUUGUCGACAGAAACAAAAACCACAUUGGUAACUUCGCCAUCAAAGACAACUUCGGAGACCACGACCACUGCAAAUUCAUACAAUGAAGAAGAGACGCGUCGCGCAAUGUGUUCUCACGAUUCAGCCUUGCUCGGCCGCGGACAGACGGAUGGCGAUCUGGUAUUCCAGAUGGUAAAGGAUUUCUGCGGCAGACCAGAUAUUGAUAGAAGCAUGAAACACGGUGAUGAAUGCAUCGAAUUCUACAGGAGAGACUCGUCCAAGAUUGACUAUACGUUCGAAAUCUGCCCGAACGGAAACUGUCCAAUCUACGGCCAAAAUGUGAGAAAUCCUUUCGGACAGAAUGGCCUUUCUUGCGUAGAUAUAUUCUUUCAUACGAUUUGGCGUUGGUGUAAUGAUAUGAAUCAACGAGGAAAUGGAGGGUGGUGGGAUACGACAUGUCUGGAAUAUACUUUACAAAUUGGCACUAAGGGUAACAGUUGAGGUAACCAUCCAAG